GGUCCGAAUGCAAAACCAACUUGAUCUUUGGUAUCAACUGCUUCAGUAUAAAUGGCUAAGCACGCUAUGCUCCUCGAGCUAAAACACAAAGUUGGCAGUUGUAUCGAUGAAGCCCAAGAAAGGCUUCAUCGUCUCAGUAAAGAUAUAUGGAGUUGCCCAGAAAUCGCAGAUGAAGAAAGAAAGUCCCACGACAGGUUAGUUUUAUUUUUUUCAGAAGAAAAUAGUUGGACUGUGGACAGUCACUUUAAACUGGAGACAGCAUUCCGUGCCACGUGGGGACCCGUUGGUGGCAACGGGAAUAACGUCGUAAAUGUUGGUUUCUUGUGUGAAUACGACGCACUGCCGGGCAUUGGGCAUGCAUGUGGCCAUAACCUCAUUGCAGAAAUAGGAGCUGCAGCAGCAAUCGGAUUAAAAGCAUUGGUAGAAAGAACACCCAACUUUCCUGUCGCUGUCCAGGUGACUGUGUUGGGAACCCCCGCGGAGGAGGACGGAGGGGGUAAGAUCGACCUUAUAAGGGAGGGCGCGUUCGAUGGCCUGGAUGUGGUAUUCAUGGCCCAUCCCUCACAGGAGGAUGCGGCCUGGCUGCCGGAUAUGGCUGUACAAAGUGUCAUAGUGAGGUACCGCGGCAAGGAAACCCACGCUGCAGCCUACCCCUGGGAAGGGGUCAACGCACUCGAUGCAGCUGUGCUGGCCUACAAUAACCUCUCUGUGCUCAGGCAGCAACUCAAGCCAGACUGGAGGAUCCAUGGUAUCAUCAAGCAUGGAGGGGUAAAACCCAACAUAAUCCCUGCCUACACAGAGCUGGAGUACUAUCUCAGGACCCCCGCACGCAAAGACAUUCCCACCAUCAAGGCCAAGGCGGAGAUGUGUUUCAAAUCUGCUGCAAUGGCAACUGGCUGUGAAGUUGAACUAGAGUUUGCGAGGAACGAAUAUCACAACGUCUUGCAGAAUCCCACGCUGCUGAGGUUGUACGAGCAAAAUGGCAAGGCCUUGGGGAUGGAAUUCACUACAGAUGAGGAGGUUCUCAGCAACCCUUCUGGUAGGACAGUACGAUCUGGCCACGCGUUAUCCUGCAAUGCUGUAAUUCAGAACAGAAAUGCAUUCAUUUUCUCCACAGGCUCCACAGACUUUGGCAACGUAUCUUUUGUUGUACCUGGAAUCCACCCGUAUUUUUAUAUUGGCUCCGAUGCUUUAAACCACACAGAGGAAUACACUGUGGCUGCUGGUGAUGACAAGGCUCAGUACUACACGCUGCGGGCAGCCAAGGCCCUGGCCAUGACCGCCAUAGACGUGCUGCUGUGUCCAGAUCUGCUGCAGGCGGCCAAGAAUGAGUUAAAGGAGGCCAACCUGAAGGAGGAGCAGACCCGGAGGUCCGCAGGGGACGAACCUUGUGCGGAGGGAGGCCGGCGCUGAACACUAGCAGUAGGCUCUGGCAGCCUGGGGCGUGUACCGUAUCUUCAAUAUUGGACCUGGGGCGCAAACGGAUCAGUAGUCAGGUGGUUGGGUGGAUGGAUAUUUGUAAAUCCUUGGGCGGUGUCACGGCCCGUUCCUCCGCGCCAUGUUCUGAACGUCAUGUCAUAACCGUCGUAAACCUGUCUCAAAACGGCUUGCCUUGCGAUUUUGCCCCUUCCACUGCUUCUUUACGCGUACACCAAAGAUAUGUUAUAUUCACGACGCCACUAUUCAAAAGGCUGUUAUUGGAUUGAAUGAUGUUUUGCAUAUAAAUCAUUUUACUUGUACAACCCCGUUUCCAAAUAAGUUGUGACGCUGCGUGAAAUUCUAAGAAAAACAGAAUGCAUCGAUGUGCAAGUCAUUUAUAUCCUGUAUUCAAUAUAAAAUAGUCAA